AAACAUAAAAAUCAGCAGCGUGUACCAAGGUCUAUUAUUUUGUUAAACUCUUGUACUCAGCUUAAAAUCAUUUAGUUAUCUAAUUAAAAACAAAACGAAACAGUUUAAAAUGCUUUUGAUGAUGUUGAAAAACUAAAAAUACAAAACUUUAAUCAAAUAAAAUGAAAGAUAAUAAAAAAUCCAAAGAAUUAAUCAGCAAUGAUAAAAAAAAUCUUAAAAAGACUGAUCGAAAGCUAAUUAUUAAUCCUCUUUUCUUCAUUGUCAUCAUUACAUACUUUGUCACACGCAUUUUACAAGUUUUUACUGGAACUCAACAUUUUUGGUCAAGGCUUUGGAACAAAAUUAUUGACGUCAUUGGAGAUGAACCAUUCGGUGUUUACGUUGUAUGGACGACAAUAUUUUCUUUUUGUGUUUACUGGAUUUUCGGUAGCAUUUUUACCUUCAUGGACUUAACGUUAAGUCCGAAAUCAUUAAGAAAGUACAAAGUGCAACCAAACACAAAUGAAGCGAUUGAUAAGAAAACUUUGUUCGACGCAAUUAAAGUUAUUCUCUUUAAUCAAAUAUUUGUUGGAAUUCCUUUAGCUUAUUUCGGUUACUAUGUAAAAAGACGAAAAGGAUUUCCUGAAAACUUUCGAGAUGUGCCUGGUUUUGAAAGGGUUGUGUUGGAUCUAAUUGUGUGCAUUUUAGUCGAUGAAAUUGGCUUUUAUUAUUCACAUCGUUUAUUCCACAAAGGAUUUUUUUAUAAGCACAUUCAUAAGCAGCAUCAUCUAUGGCAAAGUCCGAUUGCUAUCACUGCUACUUAUUGCCAUCCAAUUGAGCAUAUGCUAAGUAACGUCUUACCAGUAGCUGGAGGUUCUAUGAUCAUGCAAAGUCAUACUUCUGUUCAGUGGAUUUGGAUAACGAUUGCUAUUUUAACAACCCUCAACAACCACAGCGGGUAUCACUUACCGUUUAGUCAUUCGUCUGAGUUUCACGAUUUUCAUCAUCUAAAAUUUGUUGAGUGCUUUGGAAAGUUGGGACUUCUUGACCGACUUCACAACACAGACAAACUUUUCCGUGAAACAAUAAACAGUUCGAGGCAUCGUGUUCUGUUUUCCCUCAAGUCAGCUAGAGAAAGAUAUCCUGAUAGAGUGGUGAAAAAAACUUUAUAGAAUUUACAAUCAUAAACAUUCUGAUGUCAAAUAAAAAAUCGUGAUAAAUAACAUCGCUGAGAAAUAAAGUUUUUAUUUCAAAUACUCAAA